AGUUUAAAUCUAAAUGCCUAUUGGAUUAAGUACCUUUUGGUGACUCUAUUUUAUUUUUAUAUAAUCAUUAUUGGAUUAUAUCUGCAUAAAAGAUGGACUUUAGAAUCGAUAAUGAAAUUCUUAGGGAUUUUUGAAUUUAGUCCAAUAUUGUAUUGAUCAAACUGAGUGACAUGGUUUUGUGAUUCGCUUAGAGGUGGUGCCUUUGAUUAAAAAUCAAUAAGCAUGCUUUUUACACCAAUUUAUAUUGCAAUGACUUUUAUUAAAACUUGGCGUAUCCGUUCAUUUCGAGCUCGACUUUUAGAAUUUCUAAACGGUAACACGAGUGUUGCAUUUUGUAAAGUGCCUGAAAAUGCAGCAGAAACGCCUACACUUAGUUCAAAACUAUGUACAAAUCCCAAAAACGCAUAUUUAUGUGAUCUACUAGACUACACCAAUGCUUCAAGGAUAUGUAGCAUGAAACCAACUCAGUGUAUAGAAAUCAAUGACUGGGUUUCUUGUGCGGGGGGGUUGCCUUUAGGUUCGGAGGAUGUCACACCGUCAUCUGAAUUAGAUCUUGAAUUACUAUUUGAGUGUGAAAUGGACCCACAUGAAGAUAGCUCAUAUCACGACAUCAUUCGUUUGGAAACUAUGGGAAAGCCGAUUGCUUGGAAAGCUGGUUCCCAUUUGGCAAUAGUUUUAAAAACUAACAUGGAAAAUCUCAGCAUGGUUGGUUUUCAUUUUGUUGGCGGAGAAUUCAUAAUUGAUCACAAAUUACCAGUUGUUAGGAUACAAACUGUUCAAAUAUCUGGCGAGCCAAACAAAGCUACUGAUUUAUCGAUGAGAGGUCUCCGAAGUGAAAUUCAACACAGUCUUAAACAAUCCAGAGAAGAAUUUCAGUGGCCUAUCCACGCAGCUCUCUUACGUAAAUUAUCCAAAGUCGUCGACAUCAAAUCUGAUAGAAGGAGUGUCGUGGAAAUGAACGGAGGGAGUGACAAAGUCUAUGAUACAACAGUCGGAAGACGAAAUGUUACUUUGACCGAUGUUAGUACAAUAACCACGAAAUCUCUGUCAGACGAAGACAUUAAAGAACCUGAGACUUCUAAAACGCUUCUUAAACCAGAAGUCAAAGUACCUGAAAAAUCACCAGAUACCAUAUCAGAGAAAUUGGUAGAUAAACCGCAUAAAUCACCUGAGAAAAAACUCGGUGCAUCCCCUGAAAAGAUUUUAGGGAAGUCACCAGAGAAGAAAAAUUUAGCGCCUGAAGAAGUAGUUGUAGAAAAUGUCACCGUUGAAAUACAACACAACAUAACACCAAAGAAGUCUAGUUUGAAAUUAGAUUUGAAGAAGGGAACUAGUCAGCUUUCAUCGUCAUUGCUCAACAUAUCGAGUCAAAUCAAAUCUAUAACAACCCAUAAACGAAUAAUAAGUACGACUGCACCGAAACGGCCUCAGAGUCAAAUGGAGACGACAACUUAUAUACGUGAAGAGACUCCAAAGAGCUCACCGUCUCAAAUGACGCCAAAGUCCACGAAAAGUUCCCGUCCAUUAGUGAAUACUAAAUCUCCGAACGUUUUAAUUUAUUCGGAUAGUAUAGUGGCUAGAGAUAAUCUAGAAGCGUCUCUAAAGAAAGUUUUAGAUUGCGAUAGAUACACGGUGUACAGCGUGUCGCGCGAGGCGCUGUGCGGCGGCGCGUGGCGCGGGCGCGCGGCGCUGGUGGCGGUGGCGGGCUGCGCCGGCCGCGCCGCGCCGCUGCUGCUGGCGCACCUGCUGGACGGCGGCCGCCUGCUCGCGCUGUGCUCCGACCUGCUGCACACCGUGCUGCCGCACUACAAGACCGCUGAGAUCAGAGAAAAUGAAGUGGUUCAGUUCUCAUAUGAUAAGUGGAAGUCGGUCAAGAUGAAGCAUCAUAUAUUCUGCUAUCAAGCUUCGCCUGCUAAGAAACAAUUUUCGACCGAAAGCGAUAGACAAGCGAGUCAGGACGCUAAUAUGUGUUGGCCAUCAAAGUAUACGGGCCACCCGGGCCACGAACUCGACAUCCAAGUGUUAGCGUCAGAGGAAACAUGGCGUACUCCGUCCUUGCUCCAGGCUACGGAUCUGACUAAUAGUGGCGUCGCGAUAUUCUCACAGAUUCACCUAGAAGCAGAUCCAAGCGACUACUUGGGUGAAGAGGGUGUUAAGAGCAACGAAGCUAGAUUAGAAAUCCUGCAUAAGAUCCUAGGAGACAUUCUAGGCCUUCACGUCAAAGAUACCCGCGACCUGACCCAAGUGGAAUAUACAAAAGGCUAUUUCCUAGGAAACCACGUGCAAAAAAUGUCGCUAGUGGAGAGUUGGUGUCCGGUGGUAGAUGGCAAGCGUAUUCAGAAACUCGACGAUUUGACGAUACAGUGGUGCAUGAGAGACGAAACGCCCAUACAACCCCCCUCCGAAACCUUCCUCCCCGUUCACCUGUACGAAUGUCCCGAAAAUUUCUCAACCGUUGAAUACUUUGACAACCUGACGUCGCGGCACGUGGGGCGCGCCAUGCUGUACGCGGACGUGGUGUCGUCGACGGCGGCGUGGGCGCGCGCGGCGCGGGCGCACGGCGCGGGCGCGCUCGCCCGCCGCCAGACGCGCGCGCGCGGCCGCGCCGGCAACCGCUGGAUCACGCCGCCCGGACAGGCCGCCGUCUCGCUGCAGGUGUACCGGCAGGUGUCGGACACGCUGCCGCUCACGCAGCACGGCGCGGCGCUGGCGGCCGUGCGCGCGCUGCGCACGCUCGCCGGAUACGAGCGGCUGGACAUCAGAAUUAAAUGGCCCAACGAUAUAUACUACGGACGUGAUGUAAAGAUCGGUGGUACCAUCACAACAGCAAAUUGUAUCGGUGACGAUGUUAUUAUUGAGAUAGGCACCGGUGUAAACAUAUCGAACAGUGUUCCAACAACUUGCGUGAACGAUAUUAUAUCGGAGUACAACAAGACAAACGGGACAACACUAGCGCCGAUAUCGAUAGAGAAAUUCCUUGCUCGAUACUGCUCACAACUAGAGACGAUAUUGGAAAUAUUGGACCAAGAAAAUGGCACCGAAGCUUUCUUUGAACUGUACUAUCAGUAUUGGUUACACGAUGGGGAAGAAAUAAAAGUGAAGAGCUCCGACGGAAGCAGUCCAGUCCAGGGUACUAUAAGCGGCUUGGAUUCCGCUGGGUGGUUGUUAGUAAAAACCUCCACCGGGGAGAUCAGAGUGGCACCGGAUGGCAACACUUUCGACAUAAUGAGUGGACUAAUUGCACCAAAGUUUUAAAUUAAAUUAUACAUAAUAAAUGGAUUUGUUAUGGGUUUCAUAAGUAGUAAAGUCUACGUUUAAGAAAAAAUUAAGCAUAAAAUAAACUUAUUUGGGUAACAAUUCGGGAUUAUGAGAUCAAUAAAUAUAAUACUCUUAUAUCAAAUAGGAGAUAAGAUUUUUCUGUUGGCAAUACCACGGAUAUCAUAAGCGGGUAAAUUAAAAAAAAACAAAACGGUUUUGUAUUCUUUACAAAGCCGUUUUUGUAUCUAUAGAAUAUCUUAUAGAAAGAUGUAAGUUGUGUUUGAAUUCCAUUAUCUGUCAGUUGGUUGUUGGAAAUAUUUGGAAAACAUUAGAAUACAUUUAUGCCAAAAUGUAGCAAUAAUUAUCGAAAUAAUAUCGUUUAUUUUAAAUGCCGACUAUCAAUCUGUAAACACUAUCGUCUAUUACCCUAUAUGUCAGAAUAGUACAUUUACACAUUAGAACCUCCAAACGAACCAAACGAAAGAUUCAUAAUAAUCGAGUGUAUUUUCUGAAUUAAUUAAAUUUUUUGAAGUCGACUAAGAAAGAUCUUGGUUUCAAUUAUAAUUCCAGUUUCCACUACCUAAAGCUAUAAUUAUACACACUCACAUACUAAGAACUCAGACUAUUAAGACGUUACUUAGAAGCCAAGAAAAAGUAUGCGGCAUAAAUAAUAUAAUUAUGCUCAUUUUGGCAUAAAUUGAUCCAAUUGUUAUAUAGGUCAUAACGUACGGAUGAAGCGCACGAUACGAUUCUAAAAUUAUACAAAAAAAAAAUACAAUUACAUGUGUUAAACAAUUAGUAGACUUUAAAUAAAACAUUAAAAUGUAUUUAAAUUAUUGUUCAAAUUAAAACGAAUAUUAUAUCGUAAUGCAAAAUUUGCAACUAAAAAAAAGAAUGUUCUCGUAACGAUAUUAUAAAUUUAACCAAUACCAAACUAAAAUGUGUCGUAUCUAGUCGGUUUAAGGUAGAUAGUUGUGUAGCAAGCGAUUUUAGGCGUCAUAUCAUGUAGUAUCGGACAGCCGUAUCACUGCCAGCGCUCCUAUAUCGGAUUUCGGUAAGUAUUGUACGCUAAUGUAGUUGAUAAAAUAUGGGAAUAUAUUGCUUUGAAUCAAUUAUGACAAAGUUUAAACAAACCACGUUUUCAAUCCGUUUUUUUUUUUUUUGCUUUUUGAGUAAGAUGCUAAAUUUAUUUAGUUAUAAUUUAGGGUUUGUUUAUUGUUUGUACAAAUUGAUUCAAACAAUCUAUUUAUUUUCCUCUUUUCGAACAUGAACUGAAUUAUAUUAAAACUUAAAAGAAUGCGGCCUGUCUUAGAUAAGAUAUAAGUUAGUUUUUAAUAAUCACAUAUAAAUCACAAUACACAUUGAUGUAUGUUGCAAUACCUUUGCCGCAUCAAAAAGGAAAGGUACAAAAAAGGUAUGUAUAGAGGGACCAGCUGUAAGCCGGUGAUAUCGACUCAGCUUACUGAGUUGGCUCCUUUUGUCAAAAUUAUACCUAAAAAUGAAUUUGUCAUUAUUUGUUUAGUUUAGUAAUUAUAUUGUUUUUUUUUAUUAUAUUUGCUUUUAUCAUUCAUAGUUUAUCAGAUAUCUUAAAAGAUUUUCAAAAUACGGAAUAACAAUGAGUCAUAUUCGAAAAGAGGAAUAAGAUUUGAUUUCAUAAUUGUCAAUUAUAAGAUCUCGUAUAAGUGAGAAUCUCGUUAGUAAUCGCAUAUGUAUUCUAAGUGUAAGUAGUACAAUUACCCUAUUCCCGCGAAGAUUAAAUGUUAAUGCUUGUUAAAGUUUAAAUAGACAAUGUUGCCACUAGUAUAAGCGUCUACCUCAGUUAUGCUGCUUCCAUAUUGUACCCAGUUGACGUUGAAAAAUAGACAAAUAUUCCUCAGCAAAACAUCUAUUGCAUGUUGUCAUUUUUUUAAUAUUCCUACAAAAUGAAUAUUUCUAAAGUUAAUAGUUUAUCCAAGUUGCAAGUGAUUGAAUGAGCAUUUGUUAUUUGUUAUUUUGGUGAAUUUGAAUUUCAUCUAAACGGAACUGAUAUACUUUAAGUCAACGAGUUUCUUUAUCCGCAAGAUUGUUAUAAAAUCUGAUCAUUACUGUAAUAACCAAAGAAUAAUGUUAAAAAUACAUUACCCGAUUGGUGCCUGUAUAUUUAUUUGAAGAAAUUUAAUAUAAUAUUUCCUACUGGAGAAAAAAUUGUGUCUAUAUAAAUAAAAUUAAUGAGAAUUUAUAAAUACAUUUUCUCUAAUGAAGAUAGUUAAAUUGGGUUUCCUUAGUGUUUACCUGUAAUAAUAUUUUAAUAAUUUUACUAUAGAAAUAAAACGUAAUGCCAGGUUUAUAUUUUUUAUUAUUAUAGAUUGCUUA